UUACCCACAUUGCAACACGACAAUGAUGCAUAUUUUUGCCCAAAAUGGCGGAACCGUAGCUAGUAAGAUAUCUCCUGCUACUCUCGAGUGUACAUCAAGCAUGUCAUGGUGGUAUACUUCAUGAAUUUGUGAAACAGCUGAAAGACAAAAGGGCAUGAUGGCUCGGACUAAGAAACAAACUUUAGAAAAUGCAUCAGAACGCAAGCGACAGAUUCAAGAAGAAAUCCUGAGGGAAUCGUUAGCGUUAAAGAGGGAUAACCCUAGUGGUGCUCAAGAAGUCUCCCUGCCUAAGGGAAACACUGUUGCUGUGUCCUCCUCCUCAGCAGCUGGCUGUGGCAAAAGUAAAACUUGUAGCAGCAAAGCUGCAGGAGGCUACAGUGUGAAUGGAGAUUCAUCAUCGUACAAAUAUGGUGUGAGACGAGAUCACCACCGCUACAUUUCAUCCCAAGUUACUUUGAGCAGCAUGUCUGCUCUUGCCCGUACUUCUAGAGCUCAGUCUGUUGAACUACCAAAAGCUGUCAUCUGCAUUCCAGACAUUUGCAAAAGUCCCCCCAAAAACAUGGAUGAAGACGCGUCAUCCAGGAACUCUCGAGAGUCGACUCCUAAAAGGUAUGGAGGUGCCUCCUUUGUGGCAGGAGAUGGCAAAGACAUAAGGGGGUCUGGCAAGUCUGGCCAGGACUCUUCUUCAAGGAGUAAACAUUACUCCAAUAAAAAUAUCUUUGAGCAGGUUCAGACUGAGAUGAGCUCCAAGCUAAAGGAGUCUUGCCAGAAGCAAAGUGAUCAUCUGAGGUCAGCAGUCAAUGUAUCCCUGAAUGCUCUCAAAGCAGCAUCAGAGCAAGGGAGGCCAGAUAAAGUGAAGAAAAGUCGCCCUGCUACGGUUUCAAAUUCUCCAGACACAUUGGACAAUUCUAAAUGUAAACGCCCAAGCCCCAAGUCCACCCCUGUUGGUCGUAGGUCUCCUCGCCAGCACUCGCCCGGCUCAAGAAAGGACCAACAAGCUAGUCCAGGUAGUAAGCUUCACAAGGAUAUGGCGGCCGAUGCUGUUUCUGAGGAGCGGCCAAAGGUAAACAUUUUCACGGACAAUAUUGGAGUGGACUUAGGGAAAAGGAUUCGUUCUCCUAGAAGGAUGAGUGAAGACAUGAUUGCUUUGCCAAUUUUUUCUGCAAGGAGAUGGAGUAAUUUGCCGAAAGAUAACAACAGUGUUGUGCCAGCCGGAAAAAAUGACAGCUCUGGUGAUGGGCAUGACAGUUACUUAAAACCGGUUGUCAGUGAUAGCUGCUUUAAGUCUCCAUCUGCAAGCCCUUCCUCAAGUCGUCGAUCUAGUUCAUCUACUUCACCACAUAAAACUCUUUCACCCACUGCAGGCUCUUCAGGUUCUGACGGAGCUGUGGUAAGUUCUGUGAACUUGAGGCCUCCUCAGGGAAAUCAAGGUGCUUCUCAGCCGUCUCAGAAAAAGGGAAACGGUGAAGAGGAUAAAGUAGCAGAGAAAAAAUCAAAAAGUUACCCGCUGAGGAAAUCAAAGCUUGGGGGUGUCAGUCAAGAGAUUGAACCAUCAGAAGAAGGGAUGGUAUCUUUGCCAUCUUCAAUGCAGAAAUCCAACUGUAUAGCAGAAAAAACUGUGGAAUGUGCUUCUGACUCGGAAAGAACUAGUGUCCAGGUCAAAGGCAGCCAGUCCAAGGGUGAAAAAGCAAAGCCCCACAAAAAGAGUAAGCAUAAAUCCGAAAAGCAUGCAGAAAUGGAGGAGGUUAUGUCCUCUAUAUGUAAAGAAAUAAUUAAGGAAGUAGUUAUCAGCAAGCCUGACAGUGAUAAUGAAAUAGAAAAAAUGGUUAAGACUGAACCAGCAGAUAUGGAGCGGAAUGACAGUUCAGGGGAAAUUGUGAUAGUGCUGCCAGUUUGCUCCCGAGAAAUAAAUUCUGGCUCUCUUGCUUUGGCCAAAGAAAGUUUAUCAAAUGUUGCAAAAGUUUCCCAAGAUCAUAUGUCCAGUGCAGAACCCCUCCCAUCAGAAGGGAAGGCCAAUGAGAAUCUGACGGCUGCAUCUGCUGAAGAAAAGCCGUCAUCCCUCCUCUGUGCGAUGUUGGUAGGAGGUACAGAGGUAGCACACACAUACACGCAAGAGAGGGAAAAGUAUAAACCCCAUAUUCCUGACGUUUCGGACUCUGAAGGGAAUUCCAGUAAAGGUGAGAGAGAUGAAAUUGAAGAAGUGCCUGUAUCUUCAGGAGCAACUACAGCUAUAGAAACUCCGGCAGACUGUGUGAAUAUAAAAAGAGAAUGUGAUGACAACCAACCGGGCUGUUCUACUUCUUCUGUGUCUUUCCAACAAAGUGUGUUGAAUGAAGAACAUUCAGAUUGUACAGCACCCUUUCUUGACAUUAAAAAAGAUGUGAAAAAAGAGUCUACUAAUAAUGUGUCAGGAAUUGUGAAAGGAGAAAAUGGGAGUGGAAGACUUAAGUCAUUAGGUAAACGGUUUUUGAAUCGCCAAAAGAACUUGAAGAUAGAUUUUUCCUCAAAGCUAGGAGAAUUAAAUGAAUCUGUUUUGCAGUUAAUUGAUAUAGACACUGAGGAAGAAUUUGUGCAUAACAAGUGGGAAGUGAAAGCUUCUAGUGAUGCCAACGAGGAUACCUCUGCUGCAGAAGCCACAAAGCUGUAUGGACUUAUACAGAAUUUGGUUACUAAACUAAAAGACAGUGCCUUUCCUUGCAACAUUCCUAUUGACUCGGACGCCAUUGACAAACUUGUCGAGUCAUGCCCUAAGAAUGCUUUAAGUGCAGUUGUGAAAUUUGAUGAAAAUUCAAGGCAGGAUAAACUGCAAAAACGGCUGGAAGAAGAAGCAGUCAAGUUGAAGUCUGUCUGUUCAGGUAAAAAGAACAUGGAAAUGGAUGUAGAAGAUGGACUCAAUGAUAGUAAGCAGGAAGCACCGGUUGCUGUAGACAAAAAUGUUUUGAAUGACAGGACAGGUUGUGAGGUAUCUGGUCAUACUGAUUUUGGUGCCUCUCAGUCUUCUAGCACACGGAACGUCUUCUGUGGAGAUAAGUCUUUCAGUGGCGACAGUGAGGGACUAAGAAAGGACAAAAACUGUGCAAUGGCUGCAUCUUCCUCCAGCCUGGAUGGCAGCUUGUGUGAGCUGGACCUUGAUGCCAUCACAUCGGCCGCCACUAGUGUCAUCUGUGCUUCAGACACUGGUGGCUGUGGUGAAGCAAGUAGGGCUUCUUCUGACAUCGAUUGCAGUGAACUAUCAAACUUGGGAGUUAAGGUCCCCAUUAAUGAUAUGCAAACUUCUAGUCUGUCAGGGUUAAGUCAAGACAGUGUUCUCAGAAAAUCAAAAACUUGUGAUGAGUUUUCAGGGGGUGGUUUGAGACAUCAUGCUGCUCUCAGGAGGGUCAACAGUAGUCCCCAGAUGAAUUCUCGGCUUGCAGCAGCAGCUGUUUCGGCUGCUUUGUCAAUGCCGAACUUGAACAACAGCCCUGUCAAAUCGAAGCUUGGCAGCAAAAUUCCCAUUCCAGGGGCUAGUCAUGUGUCACGAUCUUCGAAGAGAACAUGGCGUACCCCAAGAGUUAUCAAGGAUCCCACCCCCUUGUCUGUGCUUUCAGAUCUCGAAGCUACUUCUGAUUCUAGAAAUAUUUUUGUGUGUCAAAACCUUCAAAAGUAUCUCAAUACUCCAUCCCAUAGAAUGAUAGUACCUCUCGUGAGGAAAGAAGAAAUGGAAAUACUUGAUGCAAAAGCUAAAGAAGAAGAGGAAAGGUUAGAAAGGGAAAUGGCAGAAAGUUUGGAAAAAGGAAAGCAAGACAAGGAUGAAGAAGCAAGGAAAAUGGAAGAAGAAAUAAAUGCAGAUUAUUCAAAGUUUGAGCCUGAUUUUGAUGAAGUGGAUGGAAUGUUGUUUAUGUCCUUUUCUAGUGAAGUUGAAUUGGAGGCUCAUGUGCGUGUAGAAAGAGCUUUGGACUGGGACAAAAAUGACACUAUGCUGAGGAUUUCACGAGCAAAGGCUUUUGAGGAAGCUAAGCUUCAGAACCAGGACAUGCAAGGUGUCAAAUUGAAACAUCUAAGAGGACAGCACAUGCGUUGGAAAAAGUACAGACGUUUAUACAGCUGCGAGGUGAAGAAUCUGCUUGAUGCUAAAGAAAGGGGUGUCCCUUGUAAGCCAAUCCAGCAUUCAAGGAAGACAUCUGACAUCACUAAAAUUAAAGGCUGGAAGAAGAAACAGACUAGUGACAUUUCACAUUUUGAUAGCAAAGAAAACUUUAUAGACCUUCUCACUGACUACCCACAAGAGGAAGCAGACCAAAGCUUAAGUACUUCCUUUGAGAAUGAUUAUGGGUACCCAUAUUACACUUCUGAAGGACAGAUGGACGAGGACCUGCAGUUUCUAGGGGAGACUACGGCAGAGGGGGAUGGAACGAAUGACAUCAGUCCAUACAUGAGGCGUUGCAAGAACUUUAGUCACCAGAAGGCACACAAGCAACUCUUCAGAGAGCUCAACAUGGACUGGGAAGACAGAAUGAUUCACCGUAAGCUGGGAGGAUGGUCGCUCAAGGGCAACAGACCCAAGGCCUUUUCACAAGCUGCUAAGAAACGCCAGGAGAAAGAAGCACGUCUGACUGUUGAUGCUGCUAACUUGGACUCUGUGAAAGAUCCCGCCAUGGAUUUAAGUUUAAGUGCAGCAUUGGGGGACUGGAACACUGAUGGAUCAAGUGCUGAUGCUGCUGGUGAUUCGCCCUCUGGCAAGAAGAAAAAACAGAUUAAGAUGAUAUAUCCGCUACUCUCCGAGAGAAUGGCACGGAAUGCUUUGAGGACAUUGGAAACUGGUGACAUAUUUAACACCCGUAGAAAGAAGAAGAGAAGACAGCUCACCCCCACCACACUGCCAGCUCUUACUCCCAUUCCUGCCCCACGCACCCCCAUUGUUCCAUCUACUUCUAGUCAAGAUCACACUCCACUCGAUGAUACAGCCAGUACAAUAGGGUCAACGCUGGCUGGGUCUGAUCUGCUUUCCACACCCUCACAGCAGCCAGUCAUCACUUCCCAAUCCAAGACUCCACUAACAUCAUCUUCUGCCUCCACUGCAACCACCCCACUUCAGCUGGAUGUAAAAGAAGAGAUGGUGUUGGAGGGGGUUGAUGUCUCAGCUGUCCCAUUGUCCAGCCCAGCCCUGUCGGAGACCCCGAGUUCCACUCCAGGCCGAUCCUGCGGCAAGCUUGGCUGCAGAUAUGGCUGUAUUUGUCACCUGUGCUCUGCAACGGAAGACAGCCCUGUGCAGGCUGCUAGCCCUGUCUCGAAGCCUGCUGCUCGCGACUGCGACAAAGAGUAUUGUCGCCUGGGCUGUAUAUGUGACAGUAUUGAUCCAGAGAAACCCAUUCCCACACAGACGCACUGCAGGAAGGCAUCUUGUAUGCUACGCUGUGUUUGCCAGGACUCUGGCGUCCAAGAGGGAAAUGAUGAUAUUCCUUACCUACCAUCCAUGAAGAGAAGACCAAAGCCAGGUGAAAGGUUUUCCAACUUACCUCAGCGGGAGAAGACUCACAGAUCAGCUAAAAACCUGGAUGCAAUUACAAGGAAAGCUAUGAUGCUGUAUGAAACCAGUGAAAUCUAUUGUGAGAAGGUGGAGAGGACCAAGAAAAAGACUGAGACUGCGAGCAGCAGCCCAAACUCAUCCCCACUUGUGAGUCCGGCUAUGAGCUCUGCGCCCGCCCCCAGCACAGCCCCCAUUAACCUGCCCCCGCCCGUGGUCUACACAGAGAUAGACGACAGUGACUACCUGCAGGACGACUCCCAGACCAACACCAUCUUCAGUGCUGUCAAUCUUCUCACUUCUCAGGAGACUAGUGUGGCUGCUUCCCAAGUGGUUGUUAACAGUGCCCCUAUUGUUGCUUCAGUCAGCAGUGGAGCUCCACUUGUUCCUUUUUCACGGCCCAUAAAAAUGGCUCUGAAGAUCCCCAAACCAACGUUUGUUGUGGAUGAUGUGUUGCAAUCAGCGCCUGUGAUAGAACCCUCUGCUCACAAAAGGAAAAGAAAAAGCCAUCCGCUGUCCAGUGAAAUAUUUACCAACUCCACGUGUGCUCGUGUGCAUCCCUACAAGUACCAUAUGGCUGUCAUGGAGAAGUCUGGCCGACGUCACAGUGAGGCACCUCUCACUAGAGACCUCAAUGGUUCUCAGUCUGCUACUUCAUCGCUGCUGAGUCUUGCUGGCUCAGGCAUUAAGAUUUCCACCAGUGCAGAGAUCGGCAUGAUGAAAACUGAUGUCAAAGCUGGGGUUAACAGUGGGUCAGGCAGACCACAAUCUGAAUGUUCUCAACCAGUCAAUACCAACCCUUGUCAGAAGGCGAGCGAUGUGUCGUCUAGUCUACCUACUCAGACUGCACUCACACCAGGGCCUGUGUCAGCUGCAAAUGUGGCUGUAAGUCAGAACAUGGAACAAAAUCAAGCUCAGCAGUCGCAUCCUAUGCCUCCUCAGAGGCAGUUUCAUGGCUGGCACACCUCUAUGGUGUGUCUCAAAGCCAGAGCCCCAGCAAAGACCCAGUCUUCAGGAGAGGAAGAUGUGCAGGAGGAAGAUGAGGUCAAGCUUCUUGAGUUUGCUGCCAACUGCAAUUGGGAGGGAGCCAAGAAGGAGAUUCUAAGCAAGGUAGCUCAGUGCUUGUCAAGGGGUCACUACCCUCAGCCCAGAACAAUGAAUGUGUGUGAGUUUGUGGUGGAGAUUUUGCCCAAAGCUCACCAUCCCAGCAUUAUUCCUGCAGAGCUUAGGGUCAAAUUACCGGGUCAGAUGUUCUCCAUACGAGUGCGCAUCACCCGCCGGGAUUCCAUCUCAAAAUCUGUAAAAGCCCCUUCAGUGCCAGUAAUAGAUUUAAGCGAUAACUCUCCUUUGAAAGUAACUGCUAGAGCUCACAGUGCAGACAGCAAUUCUCAUUCUCUAAGCAUCAAGACCAGUAGCAAUUUUUUGUCAUCGCCUUCGAGGGAUGGUCCGAGCUCUCUCCCUUCUUCAACACCAUCACUUGGCAUCUCUGGUCUGAGUCAGCUGUGUGUAGACUCCACUCUCACAAGACAGCAACAGCAGCAGCAGCUCAACCUUUCAUCAGAGGGACACGUUCAUACAAGCCCAGACCUGCAUAAAUCAUCUAGUGCUCCAAAUAGUCGAAGGUCAAGCUUGGAGUCCUUCCCGGUGGAUACAUCGAUCAAAAGUUGUAAGGAAGAGGGGGCAAACCUGCAAAAAGGCAGCAUCAAGACACCCAAGGCAGCAGACUCUGUAGAUCUCACCAUUCAGGGUUCCACCUUCGUGAAGGUUGAGGGCUGUUCUUCUGUGACAAGUCCCUCCACCACCGGUAGUCUGUCCAGUGAAAACCUGGUUGUUACUUCAACAAACAAAUCUGUUCCGUCCAGUAAGGCAGCAACCACAGUAAUACCACUGGCAAGUUCUUUAAAUGUGCCUAAUAAUAUGACUCCUUUUAUAGGACCGUUCUCAUCAAAGAACAUCAAGUAUAUGAAGUUUCCAGGAAAUGACACAGUGAUGCAAGUUUUAGAAAUUAAAGAUAAAGCAAGCAAGAACAAGCUGAUUGCCUUGCCAAUGGCACUGCCCAACAAUGUAGGGGAUUCAAAUUGUGUGCAGCCGACUGUGCCUGUUAUGGCUGUGCCGUUUAGCCAGUCAAGCCAGUCCCAGAUGGUUCCAAUCCUCCCUUCCCAGGCAUCCAGUCAGCCUCUGUUUUUAAAGAUCCCCAUGUCUCAUAGUGGCAGCAACAACACCAGUCAGCAGAUAUUGGUCCAGCCUAUGCCGUGUUCGGUUGCUGAUGGUAAAACUACAACAGCUGGGGGUCAGGCUGUUCAGCUAAUGCCCAAGAAGAGCACUGUUGCAUCACAUCUACCUGACAAAGUGGACAGUGACUCUGUUGUUUCUCUUGACUUGAGUGUUUCUGAUGCAAACAGCGUCCAGAGGAGCCCUGAAGAAACUAUCAUGGUGUUUGACACUACCAAGAUAAAGGCCUUACAACAGGCUAAGAGAGCUGUUCAGAAAUCUUUAGCUAAAGACCAAAAUAUAGUCAAAGAUACACACCGUGCAGUAGAUGCUGAUUCUAGUCUGAGUUCUUGUCCAUGUGACACUAAUAGUUCUGUGGGUGUCAGUACCUCAGUAACGCCUUCACUGAGUGGUCCCAUUGUAUGUACAGGAGUCUUACCACUGCGGUCAAAAGAUUGUGAAGAAAACAAAGAGCAGGAGUCAUGUAGUCGGUCUCUCGACCAGUGGACAGGUUCAGAUCUCAAGCAUGAUGCACUAUCGGAUUCUCACCUUGACCCCAGUUGUAAUUCUUCCAAAUCAAACCAGGAAAACUCCAGAACAGUGGAAGAUAGUGAUGCGGAACGGAUGUUAGCUUCUAGUUCAAACAGUUCAGUAGCAGCUUCUGCAAACUGGGAUGUAAUAGUGACAGAUGCCAAGAAAAGAAGUGAUGUAGCUGACCAUGAUGCUGAUCUUAGUAAACCAGCAAAUGGAGAACUUGAAAUUGUCAUGGGUCCAGAGAGCGAGGGAGCUCGCUCUGGAGGCACGAAGAGACCCGCAUUGGAUAGUGAGCUGGUGGGUCCUCGGGCCAAGAGAGUACGUCGACUGGGUGGCGACAGCAACUACCAACUGUUGCCUGUUGUGGAUGAGGACAGCAAUCUGUCAGCCUGCAGCAUCCCGGCUCCGACAUGCUCUGCUGUCCCCAGCCCCCAGCUCAGUACCUCAGACCGCCCGACCAGUGUCAUGUCCUCCUCGGCCCUGUCCACUGGCUCCAGCGAUGAUGUGCUGGUCUGCAUGCUCAGUUCUGAUGAAGAGAUCGAUGUGGGUGAGGACCAUCCAGAGGCCUGGUAUUAUAUAGCUGAGAACAGCGCACGCAAGUACAGGGAAACUGUUGAGAGAGCCCUUCAAAACGAUCACGUCAGUUUGUGCAGCAAGCCAAAUAUCCCUCAUGUGGUGCUCAAGACAAGUGUUAACACCCCAGAGCGAGUGAAAAAUCGAAGUGCUUUAGAGCGUCAGAGGAGAUUUAGGCUGAAACUCCUCUUUGAUGAGCUCCAGAAUCUUGUGUAUUUAAUCAACGGGCGACCACCAGACGUGCUUGGUCAGAUGUCCAAAGCUGGUGUUUUGAGUGCGCAAACCUGAGAAGGCAGAAUGUGUCUGAAGAGCAGAUUGUUUUGUUGUUGAAGAACUCUGUCCGCCAGAAGACGAGUGCACCGUCGACACCGUCAGUAGCUAGUUCGGUGCAGCCGUCAUCCACCUCUUGUGUGGAGGGGAAAUUGGAGAACUUUCUGGAUGUGGUGAACCUGGUGUCUCCAAGCUCCACUGAUGAGAAGUUGUCAGACCGGGCAGUGGAGAAUGUCACGCCAGUCUACGAAGAUAUCAGUGAGGCGGAAGAUUCUGGGGCUGUGGCUUUAGUGGAAGUGAAAGCAGAGUUGGAAAGGGGUCAGAGCUAUGAGGAUAUCAGUGACCCAGAGGAGGUUCAGCCAAAAUAUGAGGACAUUAGCGACCCAGAGGAGGACAAAGGACAAGGACACAGUUGAAAGGAAGAGGAACUUUUUUUGUUUGUCCAAGUGCACUGUUGAGAAAAUGAAGGGUUUUUUGUUUGUCUUUUGAACAGAGUUAAGAUUUCCACUGCCAUGGAAAGUUUAGGCGAUAGCAUAAAGCAGAAUUCUUCUCUAAUCUUACCAUAAACUCUGUUUGAUGAGGGUGCUAUGGUUUUGCAAUACUCAAAUUUGAAUGUAGAAAUGGUCUCAUACGAAGAUGACUUGAAUGGGGCCUGUUUUUGUUUGUCUGUAGUGUCAUCUUGUUGAGUCGGGCUUUACUGAAUGUGUGGAAGAGAAUAGUCUUUGAAUGGGUUGUUCCUUUGUUCACCAAUUUGUUUUCAGUUAACAUAAGAAAAACAAUGUUGGUGCAUUCUAUUAUUGGAUAGGUUAUAAAUGAUUCUUUGCGAAACCCCUAAUUGCAACAUGAUGGAGGGCUGGCCAUAGCAGCUUAACAUUUUCAUUGCCAGGGGGUAUGGGUUCCUACUGUCAGCAGUUAUUUUCAGCUGAGCUUGUUACCCAGGACAGCAGUCUCAUGUCUUAGUGUUGAUGGAGACACAGUCUAGAUCUAGCCCACUCGUGACUAGGGGUCUUCGAUCGUGUCACUUUUCUCACUUCUCUCAUUCCAUAUUCCCCCCAUCAUACUCAUAAUUUCGAAUAAUUUACAAAUCUAAGUCAAAAUAUUUAUUUGGGUUUUUUGGGGCCUUUUUAGUCUUUUUGGUGGGGUUUUUUUGCUUUGCGAAAGCAUGCAGCUGCCCACAAGCCUAGAUCUGUGUUCAUCGAUCACUUCAAAGCCUAGCAGUAAAGUAAUGCAAGCAAAUUUAGUAUGGAUAUGGGCGUCUUUUAUUCCCGAAUACAAAUCCACACAGUGCUUGUGGCUAAAACAUUUUGAUAGAAGAAUAGGAGACGGGUGAUUCUCAUGCUGUACAUGUAAUGUCAUACUGGCAACCAGGAGUGGCACAUUUUGCCAACUUCCUGACGUACGUGGAACGGCAUAAAGCUAAAGAUUACGCAUUUUCAUCAUGUAUGGCAUUUUCAUGACGUACCAGGUAUGACAUUUUCAUCAUGUACCAGGUAUGGUUCAUAAUGUACCAGGUAUGUCGUAAGGCAACGAAGGGGUUCAGUGAAGAGAUCCAGUAAGAAAUUAAUGCGAUCGUAAUUCAUCAGUGAACGCCUUUUUGAAAAUUGUAAUAUGUAGAAUCUUAAGUUGCUGCUAAACAUUUCUGUUAUCCAAAUUUUACUCAAAUGGUGGUUGGUUGAAGGGCGCCACUGGUAGAUCCUACUUCUUUACUUUCCCUCUGUUGCUUCUGUCCGUCUUACUUUUUCCCAGCCCUAUAUGACCAUUUUUGUGUCGAUGUGUGUCUCUUUACUAAAACAGAGCAAACAAGUAAACAAACCAGCAGAUAUUUUAGUUUCGCUAUCAGUCUACAAGAAAGAAAGUUACAAUACUUGGAAUCCACACUUUUUUCCUGGAUUUUUUGAACUUCCAGUCUAGACUGAUUCUAGAUUCUAUUGAUCUCUUCUUUGACUCUUAUUGACUCGAGGUGUAAGUCCUAACACUUUUCUGUUGACCCAUGGCACUUUGGCUUCAUUUGUAGAAUACAAGGGUAUGUUAGAUCUAGUUAAAAAAAAGGUAAUUUCAGAACUGUUCGCUGCAGAGACUUGAGAUUUUCAACUUGAAAACCAUACUUCGACAUAAUUAUGACUAUGGCAGACAUUUUGAAUAUUUGGUUAUUAGAUAAGACAAAAACAAGGAGUAUUCACGACUGGGGAUCAUAAAAGGGCAAUUUUACCACCAAGAAUUUUGUAACUUCACACAUUUUCUUUCCUCAUGCCUGCUUUUUCUCAACACACGAGCCGUACCGUACUAUCUAGCUUCGUUUUUUGUUGAUAGUUUGACACAAAGUGAAGCUACUCAAAAUGUCAAAAUUCUACUUUCCAACAAAACUUUAUGACAUCUUAGCAUGCACAUGGACAGUUUCUGUGCUCUAUAUUAGUGAAUGCUAGUGGGAGGGAUGUGGAGCAUGUAUCUUCAGUCAAGUCUAUCGGUGACCUAAUUUUCCUCAAGGGAUCAUAUGUUUCAUGUUCUCUGUUUUGUCUGUUAUCAUUGUAGCAAAAGUGAAAAUAGGCCUGUAUCGCUUGAAACCUAUUUUGACUCAUGACACUGCCAGAAUUCUGCAAACAAUAUGUGGUCCAGUGGUCUCUGAACUCCACACAUUUUCUCCAGUCCCAUUGCAAUUUAUAGUCGGAUGUAGGCUUUGAUAUCAUCUUUGUCCACAACAUCUCUCCACAACUUCUUUUUGGGGUCAUUGUCAUCUAGAGGAGCCAAAAGUUCCUGAACAUAGGCAUUUGUUUCCCCACACGAUAAGGUCAACAGCAUCAACUGGAAAAAGCAGUUGAAAGAAGUCUACUUUUUAGCAGUCACUGGCAUUGCCUAAUACACCAGGUCUAAAAGCAUGUUCUCUUACACACUCCCCUUGCCAUUCUCAUAUAGGCUUAAGUCACUGUACUCAUGCCAUGGAAAAUGUUCAGUGGUAGAGUAGAUCCAUCAGCAUCACCACCAAUACCAACGCCACGCCCACUCUCUAUCUCAACCUUCUGACUUUGUUGUGACUCAUUUGUCCUCUUUGUCUUGCUUGAUCUAGCUUUCCCUGUGUUACUCGUUGUGCCGGUGCUUGGCCCUGCCUGAGUUUCCCUAUCAGAAUUGCCUUCUAAGCCAAACCUGCUCACCCAAGAGUCAUCUGACUCAUUGUCAAACUCCUCACCAGAAUCUGCAAAGUUAUUAGACAUCCUUAGAUCUAGUCUUUUAUUAUAAUAAUAUUAUGAGCUAAGUGAAAAAUGCGUUUUACAUCAGUGGGUCUCCUAAGUGAAAGUACUCUUACAUCUUCUCUACUUCCAUAUUUCUGAAAUCUUUUGCAUUUCUGGUCGCAAAAAAUGAAUCAACUGAAGCAUUUUACAAAAAUUAUAUUGCGUAGUCUUCUUU